GCAGGCCAGUUGAUCAGAACAAUAGAAAGCAUUGGCCUUCUUUAUAAGUUCUACGAUGUGGCACUUACCUCAGUUUCUUUGACAUUACCGCCAAGAUACUUCAGGGUACUAUUGUCAAUUUCUUUGCUCAAAGCCGAUCAUACAUUGGAAUGCGGGACAUCAACAGCCAUGACACAAGAAUGUCUCACAUGAAUACCUAUGAAUCCUCUAUCUAGGUACUAUUCACCAUCAUCAUGAAUUGUGAUGGCUUUGAGUCCCAGCUACUUUCGAGUGGUGCCUCAAUGCGUCCAAUCUUUAACCCUUCAUGCUCUGCUAGCGAGCUGGCAGGAUGGAGCAGAGAUAUCACAUAUGAUAUAUAGAUCCCUGACUCGUGAAAUCCUCGCUUAUACCAUCCCUUCGCAUAAUGAAGAUGUGCGUGAUGUUCAUAGCGAGAUACUGAACGACAUGGAGAUGCCCAGGUCCAUCAUGCUAACUCAAGGAUUAUCUUUUAAGCAAUUCCAUAAUGGUACAAUGAUCAGCGGAGGAAACAAAUGCUACGCUGAUGAGCAUCUGGGUCCUUUGAUCCUUGCUAACAAGUGCAGGCGCGCUCUCGUUUAUGUUCUGAUAAUCCACCAGCUUUGGCAUGGCGGAUACCCAGACCUCGAACCUCACCGAGUCAUUCUCGUGAAUUGAUGUCUCACAGAUAAGAUCUCGAACCCUUGAGCCAUGAGGAUCACCGAGGCCCCCUUUUCAAGAAGCCAAUUGACAGGCAAGAAGUGGCG